UGGAAGAGGGGGAGGACUCUUGGUGAUCUCUCCUGAAGGGGAUAAUGGGAGACGAGCGCAUUGCAAUGGCUGCCAUGUAGUACCCUCCCUGCACAAAUAGCCAAUCAGCAGCGCGCUCUGCCAGCCGGGAGGACGCAUAAAAGAAGAACAUUGCAGCAGAGGCACAGAAGGAGACUGCGAGAGGAGCAAGGAAUUACACACAAAAACACAGCAGAACCAGAACACCCUCCCCUGGACACACCCUGCUGAGGAUCACUGCUUCUCUUUUUUUCUGAACCAUCACCCACGCCACUCGGAGAGAACGCUCUCCCUCAUCAUCAUCCAGUAGAAAAGCCCUUUCUCCUCAUUUCAUCCUAUAGAGGACACAUACAAUCUCAGAGGGCUGAGAUCCCUUGGCGAAGAUUGUAUUUUUUUCCUUUUUUUCUUUUUUUUUCUUUUAAGUUUGACUCCUGACAGAACAUAAGGGCCAAAUAACAUAAAGGCCGAAGAGCAUAUAAGAGACUCAGUCUUCAGAUUCAACACCAGUGCAAAGGAGGACCUAGAUUUCUUUCAUUGUACGUCAAGAAUGGUUACUCAGAUAAUCAGCACCAUGGAAACCCAGGUGUCCAACGGUCCAAGCGGAACCAGUCUGCCUAACGGCCCAGUCAUCAGCACAAACGGCUCCACAGAUGACAGCAAAACCAACCUGAUCGUCAACUAUCUGCCUCAGAACAUGACCCAGGAAGAAUUCAAAAGUUUGUUUGGUAGCAUUGGAGAAAUUGAGUCCUGCAAGCUAGUCAGAGACAAGAUAACAGGACAGAGUUUGGGAUAUGGCUUUGUAAACUAUGUCGACCCAAAUGAUGCAGACAAGGCUAUUAACACACUCAAUGGUCUCAAAUUGCAGACUAAAACAAUCAAGGUAUCGUAUGCCCGGCCUAGUUCGGCUUCCAUUCGCGAUGCCAACCUUUAUGUUAGCGGACUCCCUAAAACAAUGAGCCAGAAGGACAUGGAACAGCUGUUCUCCCAAUAUGGUCGGAUCAUCACCUCACGGAUCUUAGUGGACCAAGUUACAGCAGGCAUAUCACGAGGAGUGGGCUUCAUCCGGUUUGACAAGAGAAAUGAAGCAGAGGAGGCCAUCAAAGGACUGAACGGACAGAAGCCUUUGGGUGCUGCCGAGCCCAUCACUGUCAAGUUCGCCAACAACCCCAGCCAGAAGACAGGCCAGGCCUUACUGACUCAGCUGUACCAGACUGCUGCUCGUCGCUACACGGGACCCCUCCACCACCAGACUCAGCGUUUCAGUGUGAUCCCUUCACUGGGAAAGGGACCCGAUCCAAAUAACAGCUCAAAACCAAUACUCGACAAUUUACUAAACGCCAGCUACGGAGUCAAGAGUUCUCCCACUCUCUUCCCCAGAUUCUCGCCCAUCACCAUUGACAGCAUGACCAGUUUGGCCGGCGUCAACCUUACCGGUCCAACUGGAGCCGGCUGGUGCAUCUUUGUGUACAACCUGUCCCCUGAGGCGGACGAAAGCGUCCUGUGGCAGCUCUUCGGGCCUUUCGGUGCAGUCACCAAUGUCAAGGUCAUCCGUGACUUCACCACCAACAAAUGUAAGGGCUUUGGCUUUGUCACCAUGACCAACUACGAUGAAGCUGCCAUGGCUAUUGCUAGCCUUAACGGCUAUCGCCUGGGUGACCGCGUGCUGCAGGUUUCCUUCAAGACCAGUAAGCAGCACAAGGCCUGAGAGAGAGAGGCUGUUGCCGCCAGCUCCUUCGACCUGCAGGGAGAGCAGCUCCCUGUGCCAUCACUCUACAUGGGCCUGGACUGAGUCUCUCUCACACAAAUUCAUAAAAACGGAAUCACAGACACGCAGAUACAUGCAUACAUGCACACACACGACACAAACAUAUCCAUAUGCAAGCAUACACAAGUCAGAGUUUCAAGUAAACACACACUAGUGGAGUUUUUCUUUUCUCUUUACACAACAUGCUAGUCCUUCCCUGUAUUUGCCUGGAUUGAAUUAGAAGGGGUACGUAGCUGGUUUGUUGGGUAGGGGCAAGAGCUAUCUAUUUAGGAGACAGUCUAACGAAUGUGACGGAGAAUGUGUACUGAGUGCUUUGAUUGAAUUCAGGCAAAUAGCGACAACUGAUGAACAAAACGAUCAAACAAUUUAAGUGAACGAAAUAUGUGCAAUUUACCCAAACUCUUACCCCACCAUCUCUCCCAUUAUCUCGCUGGAGAGAAUGUAGUCACUUUUUUUACACUUGGGCAUUUUGAAUCAGCAAGUUUUUUUAGAUCAAAGAAAAUGAAAUUAAAAAACAGUGUUCUCUUAUAUACGUCUAUUAAAAUAUAACUAUAUAUUCAAUAUUUAAGGUGGUUAUAAUAGCCGAGUAUGUAAGCAUUUUCUAGAAACUUUGACUACUGUUUCCUGACCUGCAUUAGGUGGUGCCUAGCGUAAAGGCAGUUUCUCUACCCUAUCUGGGCUUGUUCAGCUCAGACCCAAUAUGAUUUAGGUUAACUAGUGAAUACUGGUCACAGAAAAGAGUAGUUCGAAGGCCAUCAGAAUCACUUUCCCUCACAGUCUCACAACAAACAACACAAUAGUACACUUAUGUAUCACAGAAACACAGUUCAGUAACUAGAAGAUUUACACAUAUUUAGUCCAGUAAAGCUGUAUUUUUUCUAAUCGGUCCUUAAGAUGGAUCUAAUACAAGCAGACUGUCUGUGAACUUAGAGCAGAGUGGCAGGGCUCCCAUGGUGACAGUGUUCAUUAGUAAGUCUCCGGUGGCCAUGAGAGAGAAGAGUGCGAGAUGAAAAGUGUUUCACCAUAACACAGCCACGUCGAAGGGAAAUACCGGUGUUUUUUUGCUAUUUGCAUCAUUUUCAGAUGAUUGUACUUUGCUCUGUCAGCCAUCAUCCGGCAUGAGAUCCUUUGUCAAAAGGUCAAGAGAAGACAAAGACAAUUUGUUUCAAUUUUAAAUGCUUCUGAAAAAAAAAAAGGGUUACUACUGAAAAAUUGUGAACUCAACAACGGCCAAAGCAGGUCUGCUGUGAAACAACACAGAUGAGCAAAAACUCAAGAGCACCGGUAUUAUUCUUGAGUGCACAGAUAGAAGCUCCCUGAACAAAUGAGGUCAAAGUUUUACAUUUCAGUAGAAUAUAUGGGUAAAAAUAUGAAUAGAGCAGAUUAAGUAAACUGCAGUUCCUAAAGACUGAGCACUUAAAGUUGACUUAGAGUCAUGUCUGUGAGUGAUGAUAUCCAGCAAUGUAAAGAUUAUCACUGAUCCAGUGAGGAGAAAUAUUAACAGCUCCUCCAACUUUGCUAAACGCUCCUCAGUUUUACUUUAAAACCCUUUGAUUCUCACAAAAGCUUCGCAGAAACUUUGAACUCCUGCCCUAUCAAGAGAUGACUGCACAAAAUCAAGCUUGCAGAAAAGAAAGUGUCAUAAUUAUACUUCUGUUUACAACAGAAAAGUAUUUAUUUAUUUGCUUCAGAUCUGUUUGGCACAACCACUAAAAUAGCAUUUCUAAAAUAUCCCCAACCCAACUGCAUGAAGAUUAUUUAUGGCACCCUUGAUGAAACAUUAAGGCCAACCCGUCUAGUUGAAAUGUCUGUUAGAGCCCAGACUGAUGAUUUACCAUGGGGGAGAGCUAAUGUCUUUCAAUAUCAAGACAACUGCACACGAUAAUAGAUUAAAUAAGGUCAACUAUAUUCAAGACAUUUUUGCUUUUUGCUUUUCUAAAUGACGCUGUGUUAGCCAAAGAGGACGAUCUCUUUGAAAGGAUUACAUUAGAGAUAAAUCUAUUUUUAUACAUACAAAGGAACAAGACCUUGUGCUGAAUUUUUACAGAUUCUUAAGCUUGGAAAAAUUGGGACAUCGCAUGGCUUUAUUUUAAACCCUCUGAUCUUUGCAGAGCAAGGGGGAACAAGCAUGCGGUGUAUGGGUGGGGAUUUGGGGAGGGGGCGAAGGAACAAUGUAUCUCAUACAAACUUAACUGUCUAACCAUAUCAAGACGAUUGAAACCGAACCUAACAAGAACAAAUUUGAUGGAGAAAAAAAUAAAGUUACAGGUAAACAGUUGGGGGUAUAACCUGACAGACAUAUCUAUACUUUUGACUGCUUAGACACACAUACACACACAUCUCUUGUCCUGAAUUUGUGUACAGUGUUGCUUCAAUGAUGGUGCAGUGAAAUGAAGUUCUUUGACUUGAGAAUCCCAGAUAAAGCUGCAAUGAGCCCAGCUCAUCACCCAGCUGGAAAAUUCUAUAAGCUGCUUGCAAAAUUAAAUAAAAAAGUAAAAUGCAGAUUGAAACAGUGACGCAGAUUCACAACGAAGAUUGAGCAUGAGUCUUUACGAUUAGAUAGAUUUGAGUUUUGCCAAAGAAUUGCUUUGCAAGUCAGUACAAGAAGGUUCAAUUAAGACCAACUAUAAUAUUCUCUGAGUAAUUGCUGUACAAAUCGAUGUUAUUUAUUGAAUAAGGACCCUCUACAAUUUCAGUUAUCAUUACUUUUUGAACGUAUAAGUUGCGCAUAUCAGUUUACAUUUAUAAAUCUUUAACUCACUAAACCAAAAGUGACAGAUGCAAGCAAUCCCAUUUGCACACCUUUCAUGCAGACGCCGAAUGAUAAGAGGCAUAUCAAAAAUAAAUGCGAUGAAUCAGUUCACCUCUCGACGAAAGAAAAAUGCAUCCUCCUAUAAUAUUUCCCCCGACAUUUAUAUCAUCCGCUUUGUCUUGUGACUAAUUUAUCCUUCAAAACCAUUGCACCACUUCAAAUACUUACACAGGCAUCUUUCAAUCUGACUCAUGCUGUUUCAUCCCCUGAAAUACUCUGAAUGAUUGUUGGUGGCGUGUCCAGAGCUGACCACAUAAAAGGACUAAUCUAGCUAUUUUUGGUCAUGCAAUUUGAAAGAGAUAGCACAGUAGGACUGAGCACUUGGUGAGACCAGUGAUAGACGUUAGGAACAACCGAGAUAACAGGCCACGUUGAGCUGCAGCUGGAGUUGUUUACCCAGCCAUGUCCGAUGUAGAACAGUCAACCCAAGAAACCAAACCCGCAGUCCAAAACGACCUUUCAUACACAGUCUAUACGAAGACCUACAUCUGAUGUACAGCAAAGAGCCAAGGACAAUGGCAGGAAACAGUACUACACUGCUUGAGCAACAACAAUAAUCAUUUAAAAAGACAAAAAAACUUUCCUAUGGAACAGUAAGUGCAAUGUGCUUUGUUUUUAUAUUGACUGAGAACAAAUGAUAUAUAUUUUUUAAAAAAGAAAUUAAAUGUCACACUGAAAUGGUUUGCGGAAUCGUGAAAGGAGCAAAAACGAACAGACUCGUUAAGAAAUCAAACAAGCAAUGAGAGCUCUGAUCUCAAAAUUGCCAUAAUCACUUCCUCAGCCCCUAAUUUGUGCUCUGACCAUGCUAGCUCAAACUGCAUUAUUUGGCUGUCUUAAUAGAGCAAUUCUCAAUGACCUUGAAAGGAAUACUGUCUAAUAUAUCAUCAGUUUUAGCCCAUGUCAAUUUCAAAUAUCAUUUUUCCUGUAAUUUAUUGAUUUCAUUUACAUAUCAAGACUCACAUGUUAAAUUAGUGUAUUUGUGUUGUUGAUGUUUCCAUAGAGAACACACAUGGGUCAAAGAUUAUGUUUGGUUGCAUUGAUUGGGUAAAGUUUGUUAUUUUCCUUCCAUUAUUUAAUUAGUUGCAGUUUACAGUGUAUGCAGAUUUUAGACUUAGUUAGAUUUUUUUCUUUCAAUCAAUCUGUGUUCAAUUGUGUUUGUAAAGUCUGUGGUAGCUUUUGUUGCAACAUAAAAUAAUUUAAACAGAAAAAAUUCAAAAUAGCGCCAACAAACUUGUAUUAUUUGGGCGACUUUAAGCUUGUAGUUUUAACUUAUUGUUAACUUAAAAACUAUUUAUUAUGAUUAUUAUUAUUGCCUCGUAUAAAGUAUGUUUUGUGUAUAUUUAUGGUUUAUUUCAUUAUAUUUGCAAGUUUAAAAGAUUUUAAGUUUGCCAAAAUUGUGGUUACACCAUUUCGUUUCUUAAAAGGGGGACAAAUAGAAAAACAGCUUUAGAAGUACGAUUUGGAAACGUUCUCCAUAGUCAAAGAAUGCACUGCUAUAUUUAACUAAUUGAAGUGUAUAAACAUACAUGCUUUGUGCUAGAUGUUAUGCCUUUACUGCCUGUGUUCUGUUUGUCUUGUUAAAUGAAAAUCUUUUAAUUAUUUAAUCUUAUCACAGUCUUGUUUUUUCAACCACUCGGUGAACCCCUGAGACACGGCACAGCCCCUGUAGCCAGGCUUUGGCCCAUCUGAGGGUCCUUCAACUAGCCAGGAAGGGAGGGAUUUGAUUUGAUAUGCUCACAAGAAGCUUUCUUGUUCAUGCUGAUGGUUUGAUUUACAAAAUGGGAUAUUAGGGGUUCAGUUUACAUAGCUGCAUUGUAUACUGAGAUCACCUGUAUCGAUUUCAAUAUCAAUUUGUGCUUCUUGAGCCUCAUUACACAAUUGGAAACCUAACCAGGAGCUCCAACAAAAUAGUGCAGAGCUCAGAAAAGCUACAGGAAGGUUUCCUUGGGAGUCUUUAGGUACUGAAGGGGUGAGUGGUCCUUCUGUUUCUCAACCAACUGUAUUUUGUGUCUAUUUAUUUAGAAGAGGGGACGCAGUAACUUAGUGAUGUUUUUCUUACAUUUUUCCUGGAAUGGUAGAACAAAUCAAAGGUGAAAAUGAUCAAAACAGUUCCGUUGACACCAAUGGUCUGCGGAAAAAAAAAUACAAAAUCUCAUACUUCCAAACAUGACCAAAUGAACAAUGUCAAAAUUUAACAAAGAAAAAAAAAACCUUUCAGUUUAGACUAGGAUAUUUAUUACUGGGAUUUCAGCUGAAGACGCUUGAAGACUUUUUCAUGGAAUUGUUUAAUUAUUUGUACUUUACAUGCCAGAAAAAAAAUAAAAUAAAAGCUACAAAUACAA